AUGUACUGUACACUUCCUUUAAUCCUUCCUAUAAUCCAACAUGUACUGUACACUUCCUUUAAUCCUUCCUAUAAUCCAACAUGUACUGUACACUUCCUAUAAUCCAACAUGUACUGUACACUUCCUUUAAUCCUUCUUAUAAUCCAACAUGUACUGUACACUUCCUAUAAUCCAACAUGUACUGUACACUUCCGUUUAUCCAGCAUGUACUGUAAACUUCCUUUUAUCCAGCAUGUACUGUACACAUCCUAUUAUCCUUCCUUUAAUCCAGCAUGUACUGUACACUUCCUUUAAUCCUGUCUACUUCCUUUAAUCCCUUUGGUCAGCAUGGGGAGUCUUUGUGCUGAUGAUCAGAUGGAUGAGGUUCACUGUUUAUGGGCACUGUGUUCACAUCCAUGCUGCUGGGAGGCUGAGCAGCGCAUCGCUAAAGGCAUUUACCGCCAUGCAGUCCGAGUGCCUGCUCCUAAACACGGCACUAAUCCUGAAGAAACGUUGCCGUCUCUGACGCUGGUGGAUGUUUCUGACUGGACAGGAACGAAGACCGUGAGUCCGAGCAGAACGUCUCUGACAGGCAGAAUUCCUCCUCCACGUAGAGACGCCGCACCGAGGCUGAAGACAACAAAUCCAUCUUUCCCAGCGAUCACCUUAGCAGCAGCUAAAUCCCACGCCAGAGGAAGCAGCACCAGAGACAUGGGUGAUAACAUGGCUCACAUCAGUCCUCUGAUUGGCUCGCCAUGGGGAUCAGGAUCAUUAGUGCUGUGGGUCCCGAAUCCUCACUACGUCCCUCAGUGUCUUAAGAGCUCAAAAUCUCCACAAUGUGCUGUGAAGGAGUUAAUCUGCCUCCCGGCUUCUCAGACACCGAGCACAUCUAAAGUGAACCGUAAAAGAAGUACGAAGUCAGUGCGGUUCCAUCUCACCUGUUCACCCCUGACCUUUCACGCCAGUCGGCAGACAGAGUCGGUGUCACCUGAUGAGCCGGAGGCAGGUACAGGAGACAGCCUGCAGGCAUCAGCAGCUGUGGAUGAUCCUGAACACCUGAGACACCUGAGUGCGUUCCUGGUGAAGAACAAACCCGCUGUUUUUCACAGUGUGAGAGAGAGGAGGGUCAGCAGAGCGAGCCGGGACGCACCAGCUUCACUUUACAAACUGGACACCAAGACAGGUGAUGAGGAUGUAGACUGGGACAGACUGAGGGGACAGUCGUACCUCUGGAAGAGGCAUAACGUCCAUCCUGAAGAUGUCAGUCCACCAGGGGGCGCCAGAGGAGCUGAGGGUACCGUCGGCUCAUCUCCUGUUUCAAAACCGAGCUCGGAUCGAACGAUUCACAGCCCACAGUGUGCAGCUCCUGCAGCAUGGCCGUGUGUGAAGAAGCCGUGUUCUGGCCGAUACACUCAUCUACUGCUCUCUCACAAGAGGCACCCACCACGAACCGGGUCAGAACUGGACAUGACCAUCUGCAGCACUUCUGCUCUAACCGAACACAAUCAGCUACACAGAAUGUUGGACACGGACGAGAGGCAUGAGAGAGACCGGGACAGUAAAGGAACCUUUGCUCCACUGAACUCCCGAGUUUUACGGCCGGGGCUCCACCCACAGGCUGUACGGUGAGACGCAUGGAGGGGUCAAAGGGCACGAGAGAUCUCUAAUCCCUGUCCUGACACCAGCCGAGAUCUAAGAAUCAUCUCUGGAGCGAUGGAGCCCUGGGGAAGGAGAAGCUCUACAAUACAACUCUGUACAUCCAUACCAAUCCUCAGCUAGCUGUAACACACACACACACACACACAGAUACACAAACGUCAGUGUCAGUGUGUAUGUAUAUAUAUAUAUAUAUAUAUAUAUAUAUAUUAGCGUGUUAUGAGCAGAGCGAUGAAUCAUUUACAAACUUAUAAACUACUUCACUGUGACAGAUGUGUAAUGAUGUUAAAUCCUCUCCUAAUGUCUAGAUCUUUUCUCCAGCAGACACUGGACAGAGUUGCAUGUUCACAGAAGUUUCUUUGCUCUUAGAAAUGCAUUACUAAACACUUCACAAUUUUCCAUUUACCUCAAAUGUGUGGAGUUGCAAAGCUAAUUUUGUGAAUCCUGUGAAAAAAACAACCAGAGGUGAAAACUGUGUGUGUGGAAAAAUCAGAUGUGGA